AUGACUAAUGGACUCUCAAACCCUCGAAAUCAUGCUUCUAGCUCGAGUGCAUCUACUAAAGCUGAAAAACGAAAAGAGUAUCAAAAAAGAUACUAUGCUGCACGCAAAGAAAAUAACAAAGUAUCUAAAUUUGGGAGUGGUGAUGCCCCCCAAAGUGCUUCAUCAAUAUCUUUAAUGAAUAAUAGGUCAACAGAAAGGACACCGUUAAGAAGUUUACAAACUAAUAUUACUCAAUUUCCACAAACAACAAAUGAGAACGCCUCAAGUGUUUCUACUACAAAAUGCAAGGAGUACAAUGAAGGAUGUUCUAAUACACCAAACGAUAAUGGAAUGCGUAUUUCAAAUGGCAGUCAAGUCAACCAAACCCCGAUAGAUGAUGUAAUUGACGUAGUCAGGCAUAGAACAUCACGAGGUAUUCAAAUUCAUCCGCGUACUUUAUUACCCCAAUUUGCUGAAGUAGUUGAUCAACCUUCCCUCCAACAUGGGAGCGUAGAAGAUGAUCCUUAUAAUUUUGUUUACAAUGGUGUACCUGGAGAGCAUCGUGUUUUAAAGGAACGAGGCGCAUGUCCUAAUUGUGGAGCAAAACGAUUUCAAUUUGAAUUUGAUACCUUUUGUUGUAUGAGUGGGAAAACCGUGUUAGCAAACUUAGAAAUUCCAGAGGAAUUGUACCGACUUUUCACGUCUCAAGAUGAAAUUGGAGAUUUGUUUAGGCAAAACAUCCGUGCUUAUAACACCAAUUUUUCUUUUGCCUCAAUGGGUGUGACAUUGGAUGAUACAUUGAACAAUAUGAGAGACGGCGUAUAUACUUUUCGUGCACAUAAAGGAAUAUAUCACAGAAUCGACCAAUUAGUUCCGAGGGAUGGGACUCCUAGGUACUUGCAGUUGUAUUUUUACGAUCCUGAUACUGAGUUAGAUCACAGACUCCGAUGGCCAAAUCUUGAUCGGCGUAUUACUCAGAUUUUAACACGCGUUCUUUCUACAAACCCAUAUGUCGAUACAUUUAGAAGACUUGCGGAACUAGGACCUCUGGACAACUAUAGAGUCACUUUGAAUACUUCGGUUGAACUUGACCAAAGGGUGUACAACCGACCAACGACAUCGGAGGUUGCUGGUAUUUGGGUUGAAGGUAAUGACAAUAUCACUUCGUAUAAACGAAGUAUUGUAGUGUACGGUAGGUCUGAAUAUAGACAAACUAUUCAGCCGUACUUCAGUUGUUACGAUCGAUUGUCGUAUCCUUUAUUUUUUCCUAAUGGUGAGUCGGGUUGGCAUGCUAACAUACCACGUCAAGGAGUAUCAAUCAAUGAGGUUCGCAACAAUGACAACAUCGAAGGAGAAAUGGAAGAGGCUAACACACGAAGUGGUAGAACAACCGUGGCUAUGCGAGAGUACUACUGUUACAAGUUCCAGAUUCGAUCUACCGAUAAUGUGCUUUUGUUCGGUGGUAGGCUGCUACAGCAGUUUGUGGUUGAUGUUUACAUCAAAAUUGAGACGUCACGCUUAGAAUUUUGUGAGAGAAACCAGGAUAAGAUUCGGGCCGAAUUGUACCAAGGUAUUGUGGAUUGCGUCAAUACUGGCGAGGUUCAUGCAAACAGAGUCGGGAAAAGAAUUGUGUUGCCUGCAUCUUUCAUCGGGGGGCCUCGCGACAUGCGACGUCGGUUUCUAGAUGCGAUGACGUUAGUUCAAGACGACGGCAAGCCUGAUGUAUUCCUUACAAUGACAUGUAAUCCUAAGUGGCCUGAGAUAUGUGAUAACUUACAUGUUGGUCAAACUGCUACAGAUCGUCCAGACCUUGUUUCAAGAGUGUUCCGGGCUAAAUUAGAAGAUCUUAAGGAUCAACUCUUCAAGAAACAUGUCCUCGGGGAAGUUAAGGCAUACGUCUAUGUCAUUGAAUUUCAAAAGCGGGGUUUGCCGCACGCACAUUUUCUCCUAAUCAUGUACCCGCAACACAAGAUCAAUAACGCGGACCAUUAUGAUAAGGUUGUGUGUGCUGAAAUUCCUAACAAACUAACACAUCCCAGAUUGCAUGAGAUGGUUGUCAAGCACAUGAUUCACGGUCCUUGCGGCAAUUUACGAUCAAGCAGUCCUUGUAUGCAGGGUGAUCCUAAAAUUUGUCGUUUUCACUAUCCUAGACAAUUUAACGAACAGACGACACAAGGAGAAGAUUCGUAUCCGUUGUAUCGAAGGAGAGACACCGGGAUAGAAGUGGACCUACGAGGACAAACACUUGAUAAUAGAUGGGUGGUCCCAUAUAACCCAAGGCUUUUGAUGAUGUUUAACUGCCACAUGAAUGUUGAAGUUUGCUCAAGUAUAAAAUCUGUGAAAUAUCUUUUCAAAUAUGUUUAUAAAGGACAUGACAAACAGGUUAUUCAAGUCGAUCAAAGUGAGCCAGGGGUUGUUAUUAAUGAGAUAAAAAGAUUUCAAGAUGCACGCUACAUAUCGCCCCCAGAGGCUAUGUGGCGAAUUUUUUCCUUCUCUCUUUCUCAAAUCUUUCCUGCUGUUCUAGCCUUACAACUUCAUCUCCCAAAUAAUCAGAUGGUUAGAUUUAGAGAUGAUGACUUGAUGCCUAAUAUUGUUGAUAGGGAAAGGGAUAAGAGAACCAUGCUAACAGCAUUUUUUGAUCAGAAUAGAAACGAUGAAACAGCAAGGGUACAUUUGUAUAAAGAUUUUCCAAAACACUUUACUUGGAAUGGAAGCACACGCCGUUGGAGUCGUCGUUUCGGUAAAAAACAAAGAGGUUGUAUCGUUUCCGCUAAUCCAGCCGAAGGAGAAAGGUACUACUUACGCCUACUUUUGUCAAAUGUCAGAGGGCCUACUUCUUUCGAACAUCUUUGCACAGUUAAUGGUCAACGGUGUGCGACAUUUCGGAAAGCAGCUCUUGAGUUAGGCUUAAUAGAAGACGAUGAAUAUCUGUCACAAUGUCUCGAAGAAGCCUCUACGUUUCAGUUUCCCAAUGCUCUUAGAAGGUUAUUUGCGACCAUAAUGAUUUUUUGCCAACCUGGAGAUAUUCGAAAGUUAUGGAAUGACCACUUUGAUUCACUAUCUGAAGAUCAUCAGUUACACUGUCAAAGUAUAGAACAAGUUCAAAAUAUGGUUCUUACCGAAAUAAGUGUCUUGGUACAAUCCAUGGGUUAUCGUGAGUUACAAGAAGAGUAUGGGAUUGUUUUGGAACCUGAACACUUGAGUGCCAAACAUUCACUUAAUCCGGACCAAAAAAACGUGUUUGAUGAGAUCAUGAUGCAUGUUGAUAAUGAUCUUCCAGGCGUGUUCUUUAUUGAUGGUCCAGGUGGAACUGGAAAAACAUUUUUGUACAUUGCCUUGCUUGCUGAAAUUCGGUCACGUGGUCUUAUUGCUCUCGCAACAGCUUCAUCAGGUGCAGCGGCUAAUAAUAUGCCAGGAGGUAGAACGGCUCACUCGAGAUUCAAGAUUCCUCUUAAUCUUGAAAAUAAUUCAAUGUGCAAUAUUAAAAAACAGAGUGGGGCCGCUAAACUGAUUCGCUCUGCCAAAAUAAUCAUAUGGGAUGAAGCGUCGAUGGCUAAACGACAAGCGAUAGAGGCAGUCGAUCGUACAUUCCAAGACAUUAUAGGUGUUAGUCUCCCAUUUGGUGGAAAGAUAAUGGUUAUGGGAGGUGACUUCAGACAGGUGUUGCCGGUUAUCAAAUGUGGCACUCGAGCACAGAUUGUAGACUCCAGCGUACGAAUGUCACCUCUUUGGUCUUUGACUAAGAAGAUGCGGUUGACCAUAAAUAUGAGAGCGCUGAAAGAUCCAUGGUUUUCUAAAUUUCUUUUAAGAGUCGGCGAUGGAACUGAAGAACCAAUCGAAGGAAAUUAUAUCCGCAUACCCGAUGACAUGACAAUUCAGUGCAACAACAGAGAAAACGCUAUAAAAGAAUUGAUCCAUGCCAUCUUUCCAUCAAUUGAAGAUAAUGUAUAUUCUUCAGAUUAUAUAAUCUCUAGAGCAAUAUUGUCCACUAAAAAUGAUAGUGUUGACGAGAUUAAUAAUCAAAUGAUUGAAAUUUUUCAAGGGGAGGAAAAAGUUUAUUACAGUUUUGAUGAAGCUGAAGACGAUCAGCGCAACUUCUAUCCGGUCGAGUUCUUAAAUUCGCUAAAUGUUAGUGGUUUGCCGCCUCAUAAGCUUCAUUUAAAAAUUGGAUGCCCAAUAAUAUUGUUACGUAAUAUCGAUCCAUCACAUGGCCUGUGUAAUGGCACGCGGUUGAUAUGUAAGGGUUUCAUGCGAAAUGUUAUUGAUGCGGAAAUUGCAGUCGGUCAACAUGCCGGAAAAAGAGUUUUUUGCCAAGAAUCCCUCUAA